UUGGAUUGGAUUGGAUUGUGUUCUCGCUACAUUUGCACAUCGUCUUGACAUCAGAAGAGCCGGCUGCGGCGCUCAAUGUGGCCACCUGGACCAGGAAACCACUUCAUUGCCCGGCCAGAUCCUCCGCCUUGUGGAGUGGUGGCAGCGCGCCGUGUCAAUGGCAGCAAAAAGAUGCGAUUCCUCGCGGGAAACAAGCCAUUCACGCCCGGAACGGAGUCCCCCUUGCAGCAGCUCAGCGACAUGCAGCAACGCACGAUCGAGAUGGUGUUCUGCUGUUCAGCGAGCCCAGCGAGAGGCGGACUGAUUGGGUGAAAGAUGGGCAGCAUUGUCGGGUACCACGCCGACGAAACAGCAUCUGGAACCCUUCCCUGCCCGGCGCGAGAAGAAACGUGCGCGAAACGUCAGGAAAAGGCAGCAAGACAGGGCCGACAUGUCGUCAGGCACUUGUAUGUCUGGCCAGCCCAGAGCGUGGACGCGGCGACAUGGUCAGCUUUCUCUCGGAUGCGGCCUGACAAUUGGUCGUCGCGUCGGCAGGGAUGGCCAGCUCGUUGCGCUUAGCAACUGCUCGUGCGAGAAAGUUACGCGGCCGCAGGAGGUACUAAGCGGCACACAGCCCGGCGGACAAGCUCUGCGACUUUGUCAACAUUCAAAAGAAUCCUCCCUCUCGCUAUCGAUCUGCGCCGCAAGCAAAGAUUUUCCUCCUUUUCAGAUUACCCAAGAUCCGCGUCGCACUCGUCUCUGCUCUAACCGCAAUCGUGGUGGCUAUUAGGUGAUUCGAUCGUCAUUCCGAGCAAUCCGGGCUGAGUACAGUACCUUUGGCUCCCUCCGACGUCAUCGGGCCUCUGGCGUCAUAUACCGGACCUGCCGCUCUCGCGACGCAAUAAACUCGUCUCCUGCUCUCACACGUCCAAUUCUCAUCUCGACAAUCUGCAACACUGCUCGAAUCAUCAUCAAGCAUCCGUGCCAUUGUACCUGCUGGCCUUGACGCGAUCUCUCGAUCGUUUUUAAAAAGAACGAAUACCGUCGUUGCUUCCCGCGCACACGCCUAAGAUCCGCCGAUCAAAAAACAUCACACAAUGUCUCGUGUCGUGAAUCUUGCGCUGCGUGGCUUCGAGUUCCUCUGGACUCUGUUGACCAUGGCCUUGGUGGGGAACAUGAUUGCGAGCGCCUUCUCCGGAAACCCAUCGAUAAUCAACUACACCAUGUUCGUGACGGUGUUUUCGAUGCUGUCCCUCUUCUACCUGAUACCUACCACGCUCAAGUCGGAUUUCUCGUUCCACCCUAUGCUCGCCCUUGGCUUAGACCUUCUGAACACGCUCUUCUUCCUCUGCGGCGCCAUUGCCCUCGCUGCCUACCUGGGCGUGCACAGCUGCGGUAACAGCGACUACACGCACACUAACUCCAUCACCAACGGCGCUCACGACACCGCGAAAAGAUGUCAUGAGGCCCAGGCGUCAACUGCAUUCCUGUGGUUCGGCUUCGCCGCGUACGCUGCCUCGACCGUGAUGUCGGGUCUGGAGGCCCGCGGAGGCAGCACCGUCAACAUGCGCGGCAUCAGGCGGGGUCCGGCUAUGAGCCAGGUCUAGACGGCUCCAAAAGGAACCAGGACACAAGCAUAUCGAUCAUGCCAUUGCCAUUCUUAGUGCGCUACCGGGACAAACCGUGCUGUUGUGGUGGGACAACGCAUGGACUCUGUUUGGCACGGGCACAAGGGCUUUAACGCGAGGGUUGACGAAUGGAAACGAACGAACUACAGAGGCGACCUUGUCGAAGAGGUUGUUUAAGGAUCGGUCGGCUUUUUCCUGUUACUACGCUAGGUCUUUCGAACGGACUGUUGUUUUGGAAAAAGAAACACCGCGCUUGGUAUUCUUACUGUACUUUAGACUAUUCUUCCGUUCAUCAUUGCGCUGGAGCAAGGAAGAAUAUACAAAGGGGAUGAUGACGAUGAUGAUGAUAAUAAUAAUACAAGAUAUGACGUCUUCGAGUUAAUAUGCUAGAUUAACUUCGUCUUCCCGCAA